CGAUUGUGUCUUGAAUAAACUAAUAGUUUGAAUUGUGGUGUUGGGAGUGUGGAAAUGUCUGUGGCGUCGAGUUCGAGUUCGGUUUUUCAGGUGAAGAGCAGGGAGCUCCUUGCGCCUUCACCGGCCAAGAGUCUGGUGAGUGGGGUGCCGUUGGGACGUGUGGGUGUAGGAGCGGGCAGGGGCAGAGGUAAGUGUAAGAGGACCAGUUCUGUGGCCAAUAGGGCGAGUGGUUUGGAGAAGAGGUUUUAUGGGACAAAGUUGGGAGCUUUGGGCUCUGAGACUUUGCAUCUUUGGCAAUCGGAUGGGCCUGGUAGAGCACCGAAGCUGCGGAUGGUGGUACGUUCUGCAUUGUCUCAGGUUCCGGACAAGCCUUUGGGUCUCUAUGAUCCAUCCUAUGAUAAAGAUUCCUGUGGCGUUGGAUUCGUUGCUGAACUUUCCGGUCAAAGCAGCCGCAAGACGGUGUCAGAUGCAAUUGAAAUGUUGGUACGGAUGUCCCAUAGAGGCGCGUGUGGCUGUGAGACGAAUACUGGUGAUGGGGCUGGCAUUCUUGUGGCUCUUCCUCAUGACUUUUACAAGGAGGUUGCUAAAAAUGUAGGGUUUGAGCUACCACCACCUGGACAGUAUGCAGUUGGCAUGUUCUUCUUGCCUACUUCUGAAAGCCGAAGAGAGCAAAGUAAAAUUGUAUUUACAAAGGUGGCUGAAUCACUUGGUCAUACAGUUCUUGGAUGGCGACGUGUCCCAACAAAUAAUUCAGGACUGGGAAACUCUGCUUUGCAAACAGAGCCUGUCAUUGAGCAAGUGUUUCUUACUCAGACUCCCCGGUCAAAAGUUGAUUUUGAGCGACAGAUGUACAUAUUACGGAGGGUUUCUAUGGUAGCCAUUCGAGCUGCAUUAAACCUCCAAUAUGGUGGUUAUAAAGAUUUCUAUAUAUGUUCUCUUUCCUCGAGGACUGUUGUCUACAAAGGCCAGUUAAAGCCUGAUCAGUUGCAGGAAUACUACUAUGCAGAUCUUGGGAAUGAAAGGUUUACGAGCUACAUGGCCCUGGUUCAUUCUAGAUUCUCAACAAACACCUUUCCUAGUUGGGAUCGUGCUCAACCCAUGCGUGUCUUGGGUCACAAUGGGGAAAUUAAUACUCUCCGUGGCAACGUGAACUGGAUGAAGGCUCGUGAGGGUCUUCUAAAGUGUAAGGAGCUGGGGCUUUCUAAGGCAGAGAUGAAAAAGCUUUUACCCAUUGUUGAUGCUAGUUCUUCUGAUUCAGGAGCAUUUGAUGGUGUACUUGAACUCUUAGUUCGUGCUGGUAGAAGUCUCCCAGAAGCUGUGAUGAUGAUGAUUCCUGAAGCCUGGCAGAAUGACAAGAACAUGGAUCCUGAAAGGAAGGCUUUGUAUGAAUAUUUCUCAGCUCUCAUGGAACCUUGGGAUGGGCCUGCUCUUAUUGCAUUUACUGAUGGACGCUACCUUGGAGCAACAUUGGACCGCAAUGGUCUUCGUCCGGGCCGCUUUUAUGUCACACACAGUGGCCGGGUUGUAAUGGCAAGUGAAGUUGGUGUGGUUGAUGUUGCACCUGAGGAUGUAUGUAGAAAAGGAAGACUUAAUCCUGGCAUGAUGCUUCUUGUGGAUUUUGAAAACCAUGUUGUUGUCGAUGAUGAUGCUCUGAAACAGCAAUAUUCUCUUGCUAGACCUUAUGGGGAGUGGCUUGGAAGGCAAAAGCUACAAUUGAAAGACAUAGUUGAGUCUGUAAAAGAAUCAGACAGGACCCCUCCACCAAUUGCAGGAGUAGUACCUGCAUCCAAUGAUGAUGAGAACAUGGAAAAUAUGGGCAUUCAGGGUCUGUUGGCUCCAUUGAAGGCCUUUGGCUACACGCUUGAGGCCUUGGAAAUGCUGCUACUCCCAAUGGCAAAAGAUGGGACUGAAGCUCUUGGUUCUAUGGGUAAUGAUGCUCCAUUGGCUGUAAUGUCCAACAGGGAGAAGCUUUUAUUUGACUAUUUCAAGCAGAUGUUUGCUCAGGUUACAAAUCCUCCUAUUGAUCCUAUUAGGGAAAAAAUUGUCACUUCUAUGGAGUGUAUGAUUGGCCCAGAAGGGGAUCUUACAGAGACGACUGAAGAGCAGUGUCAUCGCCUCUCACUCAAAGGUCCUCUUUUGACCAUUGAGGAAAUGGAAGCCAUUAAGAAGAUGAACUACAGAGGAUGGAAGAGCAAGGUUCUUGAUAUCACAUAUCCUAAAGAACAUGGAAGUAAGGGUUUAGAGGAGACCUUGGAUAGGAUUUGUUCUGAAGCACAUGCUGCAAUCAAGGAUGGUUAUUCAACCCUUGUGCUUUCGGACAGAGCCUUCUCAAAGAAGCGUGUUGCUGUGAGCUCCUUGCUGGCUGUUGGGGCAGUCCAUCAUCACCUAGUUAAAAAGCUUGAGCGCACUCGUGUUGCACUGAUUGUCGAAUCUGCUGAGCCCCGUGAGGUGCAUCAUUUCUGCACACUUGUAGGAUUUGGAGCUGAUGCUAUUUGCCCUUAUUUGGCUAUAGAAACUAUAUUAAGACUGCAGGUUGAUGGAAAGAUCCCACCAAAGACUACUGGUGAUUUCCAUACGAAAGAUGAGCUUGUUGGAAAGUACUUUAAUGCAAGCAACUAUGGGAUGAUGAAGGUUCUUGCCAAAAUGGGCAUAUCAACUUUGGCCUCUUACAAAGGUGCUCAAAUUUUUGAGGCAGUGGGCCUUUCAUCAGAAGUAAUGGAGCGGUGCUUUGCUGGAACUCCUAGCAGAGUUGAGGGAGCCACUUUUGAAGCACUUGCACAAGAUACACUUAAGUUGCAUGAACUAGCAUUUCCAACACGAGCUCUCCCUGCUGGUAGUGCUGAGGCUGUAGCACUCCCUAAUCCUGGUGAUUAUCACUGGAGAAAAGGGGGUGAGAUUCACCUCAAUGAUCCCCUUGCCAUGUCAAAAUUACAGGAGGCUGCCAGAUCCAACAGUGUUGCUGCCUAUAAGGAGUACUCCAAGCGUGUUCAAGAAUUAAACAAACAAUGUAAUCUAAGGGGUCUUUUGAGAUUUAAAGAGGUAGGAGUUAGAGUUCCUCUGGAGGAAGUUGAACCAGCUAGUGAGAUUGUUAAACGUUUCUGCACUGGAGCAAUGAGUUAUGGGUCAAUAUCAUUGGAGGCUCAUACAACUCUUGCUAUUGCAAUGAACAGAAUUGGGGGAAAGUCAAAUACAGGUGAGGGAGGUGAGCAGCCAUCUCGCAUGGAGCCUCUUCAAGAUGGUUCAAGAAACCCUAAGAGAAGUGCAAUUAAGCAGGUUGCAAGUGGCAGAUUUGGGGUCUCAAGUUAUUAUCUCACAAAUGCUGAUGAACUACAGAUAAAAAUGGCCCAGGGUGCAAAGCCUGGAGAGGGUGGUGAACUUCCUGGACACAAGGUCAUUGGUGACAUUGCUAUCACUAGGAACUCCACUGCUGGGGUGGGAUUAAUUAGCCCACCUCCACACCAUGAUAUCUAUUCAAUUGAAGAUCUUGCUCAAUUGAUUCAUGAUCUUAAGAAUGCAAAUCCAGGGGCUCGAAUAAGUGUGAAGUUGGUGUCUGAAGCUGGUGUUGGGGUGAUUGCAAGUGGUGUUGUAAAAGGGCAUGCCGAUCAUGUUUUGAUCUCUGGUCAUGAUGGAGGUACAGGAGCCUCAAGAUGGACGGGCAUCAAGAAUGCUGGAGUUCCAUGGGAACUUGGUCUUGCUGAGACCCAUCAGACAUUAGUUGCAAAUGAUCUUCGUGGUCGGACAGUUCUGCAGACAGAUGGCCAGUUGAAAACUGGAAGAGAUGUGGCUAUAGCUGCACUGCUUGGUGCAGAGGAGUUCGGUUUCAGCACUGCUCCCCUAAUAACACUGGGAUGUAUCAUGAUGCGAAAAUGCCAUAAAAACACCUGUCCUGUGGGAAUUGCAACUCAAGAUCCUGUUCUUCGUGAAAAGUUUGCUGGGGAACCAGAGCAUGUAAUAAAUUUCUUCUUCAUGCUAGCAGAAGAAUUAAGGGAGAUCAUGUCUGAGCUUGGUUUUCGAACUCUUAAUGAAAUGGUCGGGCGUUCAGAUAUGCUUGAGCUCGAUAAAGAUUUAGUCAAGAAUAAUGAAAAAUUGAAAAACAUUGAUCUCUCCUUGCUACUCCAACCCGCUGCUGAUAUUCGACCAGAGGCUGCACAAUAUUGUGUGCAGAAACAAGAUCAUGGCUUGGACAUGGCUUUAGAUAACAAAUUAAUAGCAUUGUCGACAGCUGCUUUAGAGAGAAGUCUUCCUGUAUACAUCGAAUCUCCAAUUAUCAACGUAAACCGGGCAGUUGGCACCAUGCUUAGCCAUGAAGUGACCAAGCGUUACCACCUUGAUGGGUUGCCUGCUGACACAAUUCAUAUCAAACUCAGCGGAAGUGCAGGACAGAGUCUUGGAGCUUUUCUGUGCCCUGGCAUCACCCUUGAGCUUGAAGGUGAUAGCAAUGACUAUGUGGGUAAGGGGUUGUCAGGUGGCAAGAUUAUUGUUUAUCCUCCAAAAGAAAGCACAUUUGACCCCAAGGAGAACAUUGUAAUUGGAAAUGUUGCUCUCUAUGGGGCAACAAAGGGGGAGGCCUACUUUAAUGGGAUGGCUGCAGAAAGAUUUUGUGUUCGAAACUCAGGGGCCAAGGCCGUUGUAGAGGGUGUUGGUGAUCAUGGCUGUGAAUACAUGACAGGUGGAAUAGUAGUUGUACUUGGGAAAACUGGCCGCAACUUUGCUGCUGGAAUGAGUGGUGGAAUUGCAUAUGUCCUUGAUGUGUAUUCGAAGUUCAGGUCACAUUGCAAUACUGAGCUAGUUGACCUGGAUAGAGUUGAAGAUGAAGAUGAUAUUAUGACGCUUAAGAUGAUGAUACAACAACAUCAGCGUAAUACAAACAGCAGUCUCGCAAAGGAAGUUCUUGCUGAUUUUGACAAUUUAUUACCCAAAUUUAUCAAGGUCAUCCCAAGAGAUUAUAAGCAGGUUCUUGCAAGCAUGAAAGAAGCAGAAGCUAGCAAAAAAAUAGUGGAGAUUGCAGCUAUGGAAUCCGAAGAGAAAGAAGAAGCAGAGUUGAAGGAGAAAGACGCCUUUGAAAUAGUGGAGAUUGCAGCUAUGGAAUCCGAAGAGAAAGAAGAAGCAGAGUUGAAGGAGAAAGACGCCUUUGAAGAGCUGAAGAAAUUGGCAGUUGCAUCCUCAAAUGGGAAAGCAAGCCAGGUUGAAGAAGUGGAACCCGUGAAGAGGCCAACCCAAGUUGACAAGGCAGUCAAACAUCGAGGUUUUGUUGCUUAUGAGCGAGAAGGAAUUUUGUAUAGGGACCCAAAUAUUCGCAUGGGAGACUGGGAAGAGGUCAUGGAAGAGACUAAACCUGGUCCACUUCUGAAAACACAGUCUGCACGCUGUAUGGACUGUGGGACUCCUUUUUGUCAUCAGGAGAACACUGGCUGUCCUCUAGGGAAUAAAAUACCAGAAUUCAAUGAGUUGGUGUACCAAAACAGAUGGCGGGAAGCACUGGAUAGGCUUCUGGAGACUAAUAACUUUCCAGAAUUCACUGGCCGUGUAUGCCCUGCACCUUGUGAGGGAUCUUGUGUCCUUGGUAUCAUAGAAAACCCUGUCUCUAUUAAAAGCAUUGAAUGUGCUAUAAUUGACAAAGCUUUUGCGGAAGGAUGGAUGGUGCCGCGACCUCCCGUCAAGAGAACUGGAAAAAGAGUUGCCAUUGUUGGAAGUGGACCAGCUGGUUUGGCUGCUGCCGAUCAGUUGAAUAAGAAAGGUCAUACUGUGACAGUUUUUGAACGUGCUGAUCGAAUUGGUGGUCUUAUGAUGUAUGGAGUCCCCAACAUGAAGGCAGACAAAAUUGAUGUAGUUCAGAGACGGGUAGACUUAAUGGAAAAGGAAGGUGUUAACUUUGUUGUAAAUGCUAAUGUGGGAAAGGAUCCUUCGUUCUCCCUUGAUCGGCUUCAAGAGGAGCAUGAUGCAAUUCUUUUAGCGGUAGGAUCAACAAAACCAAGGGACCUUCCUGUUCCUGGACGUGAACUGUCUGGAGUCCAUUUUGCUAUGGAGUUCCUUCAUGCAAAUACUAAAAGCUUGCUUGAUAGCAAUCUAGAGGAUGGUAAAAACAUCUCUGCCAAGGGCAAGAAGGUGGUAGUUAUUGGUGGAGGUGACACUGGCACAGAUUGCAUAGGAACUUCUAUUCGUCAUGGCUGUAGUAGUUUAGUGAAUCUAGAGCUUCUCCCCCAGCCUCCGAUGACUAGGGCUCCAGGCAAUCCUUGGCCCCAGUGGCCUCGUACAUUCCGUGUGGAUUAUGGGCAUCAAGAAGCUGCUACGAAAUUUGGCAAGGACCCAAGGACCUACGAGGUGCUAACGAAGCGGAUCGUUGGAGAUGAAAGUGGAGUGGUGAAAGGUCUUGAAAUUGUUGAUGUGAAAUGGGAGAAGGAUGCUAGUGGGAGAUUUCAAUUCAAGGAAGUAGAAGGUUCUGAGAAAAUUAUUGAAGCCGAUCUGGUUUUGCUUGCAAUGGGUUUCCUUGGUCCAGAAUCGACCAUAGCUGACAAACUGGAGAUGGAGACAGACAACCGGUCAAACUUUAAGGCGGAAUAUGGAAGCUUUGCUACGAGUGUGGAAGGUGUGUUUGCAGCUGGCGACUGCCGGAGAGGCCAGUCUCUAGUAGUAUGGGCGAUCUCAGAGGGGCGACAAGCGGCUGCACAGGUUGACAAUUAUCUGAUGCAAGACGAAGAAGACUCUACUAGCAAGGUUGCGCAGCAAGGUAGCAGCGACAGACAUACUGUUGUUACGUAAAUUAUUAUUAUUAUUUCAUGUUUGAAUUGGAGAAGAAGUGGUGAUUGUUAUUGGUGUACAAGGGAUCUUAUUUCAUGGACAGUUGUGGGGGAUUGGGGUUAGAAUUUUGCAAGUUUUUAGCGGGUUUAUGCUAGGUUGUUUUGUGGUCAUAUAUUUUGUUAAUACGUUGCCUGUUGGUUUAAGGGCGGGCAGCCAGCCAGGCCUAGCAGAGGAAUAAAUGUACAGUUUUGUUUUUAGAAUUGUUGCAAUCUCAGUUAUAUUGGAUAGUUAAUGGCGUUUUAA